GCCCAGGUGGGGGGGGGGGCACUUUUUCGAAAUUAUCUGAUUUUUGACUAAGAUAUUGUUAACAUGCGUUAAGGGCGUUUUCUUGUAAUUUAAAGACACCAUAAGAGUGAUUUUGCUGAUUCUUUUAGUUUAACUAAUGAUUUGGGUACUUGGGUAGGGUUUCCUUAGGAUGGGAAAGACUUGAAUUUACUCCUAAUUAUGAUAAUUCCAGACAGCUUGCUCUCAUGGUGUUCUAGUAUUUGUAUUUAUCUCUCCUCAAUCUACUUCUCCUUGUCCUUCUCCUCUCACCCUCCUCCUUCUCCUAGUUCAGUGUUCGUGACCAAAACUAAUUCUCGUCAAGUUAUCAUGUAAUAAUGUCAUUUAUUUCAGGCAAAAUGUCGCAGCCGAACGCUCAUAAACAUGCUCGCUAUAAAAACCAGGGUAUGGAUGUGCAGGAGAUGAGGCGGAUCAGGGAGGAGGAGGGGAUCCAGCUCAGGAAACAGAAGAGGGAGCAACAGCUCUUCAAGCGGAGAAACGUCGGGACGGAGAAUGUUCAGGAUGAUAAUGUGAGUAGUAGUGGAAUGGAGCCUGACCAGCCUGCUGUAAUUGCAAUGUUGCACGGUGUCAUCUCGCCGGAGAUGGUUCAAGACCUCUACAGUAACGAGGUUCAAAAGCAGCUGGAAGCUACGCAAAAAUUUAGAAAACUGCUAUCUCGUGAGCCGAACCCUCCUAUAGAUGAGGUUAUACAGACAGGGAUAAUUCCAAGAUUCGUAGAGUUUCUCAGAACUACGGACAAUUCUAUGCUCCAGUUUGAAUCUGCUUGGGCCUUGACAAAUAUUGCCUCCGGAACUAGUAUGCAGACCCGGAAGGUUAUUGAGGCCGGUGCAGUUCCCAUCUUCGUCUCUCUUCUGCUCUCGGAGCAGGAGGACGUCCAGGAGCAAGCUAUCUGGGCUCUAGGAAACAUUGCUGGAGAUUCUCCGGACUGCAGAAACUACGUGUUGGAUCAGGGUAUCCUUGAACCUCUUCUAAUCCUCCUGACGAAAACUAACCGUCUAUCGAUGACGAGGAAUGCAGUCUGGGCACUCUCAAACCUUUGUAGAGGGAAAAAUCCACCUCCAGACUUUACCAAGGUAUCUCCUGCUCUAGGAGUACUAUCCAGUCUCCUGUUCAACAAUGAAUAAUAGUAAUAUUGUCUAGGUAUCUCCUGCUCUAGCACUACUAUCCAGUCUCCUGAUGGACCUAAUGAGAAGAUCCAAGCUGUUAUCGACUCUGGAGUUUGUCGGAGAAUAGUUGAACUUCUCAUGAACGGACAACAGAGUGUUGUAUCUGCUGCUCUGCGCGCUGUCGGGAAUAUUGUUACUGGAGACGAUAUCCAAACCCAGGUGAUAAUAAACUGUGGCGCACUACCCUGCCUGCUGACCCUUCUAAGCUCUCCAAAGGAAAGUAUAAAGAAGGAAGCCUGCUGGACCAUAUCCAAUAUCACAGCCGGAAACAGGCAGCAAAUACAGGCGGUGAUUGACGCCAACAUAUUCCCAGUCCUGAUAGAUAUUCAGUCCAAGGCCGAGUUUAAGACAAGGAAGGAGGCUGCCUGGGCCAUCACUAAUGCAUCGUCUGGAGGGACUGCUGAGCAAAUCAGAUACUUGGUCCAGCAGGGCUGUAUUCCACCUCUAUGUGAUCUACUAACUGUAAUGGACAGUAAGAUUGUCCAGGUUGCCUUGAACGGACUGGAGAAUAUCCUGAGGCUAGGAGAACAGGAGUCCAAGGAGACUGGCGCUGCAAACCCCUACACAGUCAUCAUAGAAGAGGUGUUCGGUCUCGACAAGAUUGAGUUCCUCCAGUCUCACGAGAAUAUAGAGAUUUACCAGAAAGCCUUUGACAUCAUUGAGAGAUAUUUCGGAACUGAAGAGGAAGAUAAAGAGGUUGCUCCUACUGUUGACAAUAAUACAAACCAGUUUUCCUUCCCUACCGCUGGUGACGGUCAGAACCAACAACAAGAAGUGCAGCAAGGGUUCCAGUUCUAACAGAUAUAGGAAAAAGGCGAGAAUAUUACAAAAUUUGCAAAGAAGACGUGACCGUUAAUGAGUUGAGUAUUUAAAACUGAUUUUUGGUGACAAGGAAUGUGACCAUUCAGUUUUGGGUAGUGUUAUUCUCCGGUUUAGAUACUCGAGAUGUUCAAUCAUGUCCCGUAUCAAGCCUGUGUUUGUGUGUGAUAAGAGAUGAAUAUUCUGUUUCUAGAUUCUAAUCUUGAAACCACUGUGAUGUGUAGUGUAAGCAGCUGCCUCCUAGAGUACCGCUGUGAUGUGUGCGAGUCUGCUGUACAUUACUGGCCGCUAGUUGACGUUAGACGGGGCGCGCCAAGGAAUACAGCAAACGUUGUGAUUCAUUCAGAAAUCUUUUUAAAGCGGACUUUAAAACCGUUGAUAUUAGUCCUUAACUAUGCAUACUAAGGAUUUUACAAUUUUUUACAUCCCCCCGCAGGUCAAGUUCGCGUUUAUAUUCUUACUGCGACAUCUCUGUGCUGUGAAGUGUGUUAUUAUUCAUUAUAGUCAAGGUUCUGGACUUGUGCUGAAUUCAAUAAAUUUCAAUAAUAUGUAAUCUAUUCAUUUUAAUUAUUAUAAUAAACAGCGAGUGCAGUAGUUAACUCAACAUUAUGUAAAUAAAUUGUUAAUUCUAAUUUUUAAUAAAUAUUUUUGAUCUGAAA